UUACAGAUGAGGAAUGUGAUCAUUUCAUCAACUUGGCACUAUCAAUCAAUCAAUCAUCUUCUUGAUUAUGCUUUUUGUUUGUUUGAGAACUCAGUGAUGAUGAUCAUGGAAUGUUUUGAGACUGUGUGACUAAAGUCAACUACUUUGUUUUUUAAGCGAAAGGGAAACUUGAGAAGUCAAUGGUUGCGGAUAAUGAUUCAGGUGAAUUUUGUUAUUUCUUAAUUUACAUGGAGAAUUCAUUGAAAGACUGAGUUUGUUAUUUCUUUACAACAGAAUAUGAGUUUUGCAGAGAGAUAGAGGUUCCCGCCAGGCUGCAUCACCGCCAUCUAGUUGCUUUGAAAGGCUUUUCUGCUAAGAAGAACGAGAGGUGAACUAUUAUUACACUUUUGCUUCCUUUCUUUCUCCUCUGCUCAUCAAACCUGAGAGUUUCCAGGUUCCUUAUCUACAAAUAUAUGGCAAUUGGGAGCUUGACGGAUCAUCUAUAUUGUAUGCUCAUGACUCCUAAAUUUUCUUGCUAAAUUGUAGAUUUGAUUUCAGAAUCUUUGACUUUUUUAUUUAAAAAUCUUUAGGAGAGUUCUUGCAUGGAGCACUAAAACUAAUUGUCUCUUAACAAAAUUUUUUAGCUUAACUUUAUUAUUUAAAUAUUCAUUAAGAGACCCUAAUGGACUUUAUGGUUAAUUAUGCUCUAAAUCUCGCCAGAUAAGUCGUUUUAGAUACAAGAAAGAAUGAUAGGUAAAUACAAUAUGGUUGUCAUAAAUAAAAGCAUGCAUGCCCAUCUAAUUAAAGUUAAUCUGUGGCAGGAUUUAUAUGGGUUAUUAGUUGUUCUAUUAGGAUUCGUGCCCAAAAAAAAUUGUUCUAUUAGGACAAGGACCUUCACAUUGUAUUCCUAGACCGGACAUGAUUCAGUUGACCCAACCGAAGCAACUUCCAAGUCAUAGUCCAACUUCCAGAUUCAUUUUGGGUUUAAAGGUAAUCCUCACGUCAGAAUCUAUAUAAAUAUUCUACUUUUUCUAUCCCUGUUUCACUUUUCUUCUCGAUCGAUCCUACCUCCACGGAACGUCUUAUUUAAAAUCAGAACUUUCAGAAUCUUUUUUUGCCAUGACUCUGAAUUUAACCCAUAGAAACAGAGCUCUCUGUUUUGUCUUAAUAAUCUCCGUUAUCUUAUUCUGUUUCCCUCGCCGGCUCUCCGCCAGAAACCUCCCAGAUGAAUAUACAACAAAAGCAACUCAAACAAUAAAAGUCAGCAACGCCACGCGGCAUGAUUUCUCACGUCUUGUAGACGUCCAACUAGGCAGCCACGUCAGCGGCGUAUCCGAGCUCAAAAGAUACCUCCACCGUUUCGGCUACGUCAAAGACGACGGUAGUGGUAGCUCAAAGAACUUCUCCGACGUGUUCGAUGGCCGUCUCGAAUCAGCAAUCUCUCUGUACCAACAGAAUCUCGGUUUACCGAUAACCGGGAGACUCGACACGAGUACCGUCACCCUCAUGUCGUCACCGCGAUGUGGCGUUAGCGAUACACACAUGAUCAACAACGGCAUGCACGUGACGGCGCGUUACACGUACUUCGGCGGUAAGCCGAAGUGGAACCGCGACACGCUAACGUACGCCUUCUCGGAAACACACAAACUCGAUUACCCGACGUCCGACGACGUCAAAACGGUUUUCCGACGAGCGUUCGGCCGGUGGGCGAGCGUGAUUCCGGUGAGUUUCAAGGAGGUCGAUGAUUACACGACGGCGAAUUUAAAGAUCGGGUUUUUCGCCGGCGAUCACGGUGACGGGAAGCCGUUUGACGGAGUCCUCGGGACUUUAGCACACGCCUUCGCGCCGAAGAACGGACGGGUCCACUUCGACGCGGCGGAGACGUGGGUCGUCAACGACGACUUCGGAUCAAAGGUUGCAGUUGACUUGGAGUCUGUGGCGACUCACGAGAUUGGUCACUUGCUGGGGUUAGGACACAGCUCGCGUGAGUCAGCGGUUAUGUAUCCGAUUCUCCCGCCAAGGACCAAGAAGGUUGACCUUACGGUUGAUGACGUGGCAGGUGUACUCAGGCUAUAUGGGCCGAAUCCGGAGUUACGGUUGGAUUCACUGGCGGAGCUGAAAGAUUCUCUCCGAAACGGCGGCGUAUCAGAGAGAUUCUUGUCGGGGAAUGUUACCGGUUAUGCUCUGUUGGUUGUUUUGAUUCUGUUCCUAUAGGUUUAUAGAAAAAUAAAAAAAAUAAUGACUAGUGAGGAUGAGUACUCAGUGAGGAUAAUGAUAUUUUGGUUAUUUUCCAUUUGCCAUUGUGGCGGCUUUCUCUAAUGGAUUAUUAUUCUUUGAUUUAUUAAAUAUUUGAGUUUGUGUACUUCAUUAUCGCAUAAAUUGAAAGAUGAAGAUGUUGUGGUCCACUUCUAAUCACACACGGCUUCAUCGGUGAAGGUUGAUCAUGACUUUAUAUAUUUUUGUUCCAAGUAAAUCUAUACUAUAUUAAAAGGGAUAUAUGAGCUCCAUUGAGCCUAUCCACGUCAGCCAAUUAAAUCAACCAAUCAUAUCAUUUUAAUGAUCCACGUCAUCAUCCACACAACGCCAGCAAGUCAUCUUCUCCAUUUUUGUAUAUCGUGCACGACUUUUACACUCCUAUUUACGACUUAUUUCCUCCCUCCUCCUUUAAUUAAUCAUCUGUCUCUGUGAUCACUCACGCUUCAGCUUCUCCUCUAUUCUAUAUACAAGCUGUAUUUUUUCUUUUUGGUUCUGCGACACUGGUCCGUGGUCUCAACUUCACCCGCCUUCGUCUCCAUGGAUGGAUCGAAGGAAACAUCAACAAGCUAUGUGAUCAACUCAAGAAAUCUUCUCCGAUAAAAGUUGAAUCUGGAAAUUCCAACACGAAGAAGAGAAGAUCUGAUUACGAUUCCCCCAUGCGGCUCCUGUUGCCGUCAAAAGGUACACGAUCUGAACGAUGAUAUUGACGGAGGAAGACCUGAUCGGGGGUGUUCAGGUAUAAAGGAUCUAAAUUUCUGAUUGAAAAUGCUAUAAAAAGGCUAGCUUUCUUCCUUUGAACAUCAUCUUCUCAACUGUGAAAACACCAAAGUUAAUUCAUUUUCUGUGAGAUGUCAAAAAAAAAAAAAUUUCAUUUUCUGUGAUUUGAAGGCUUGGUUAUAUAUGUCUGUAUCAAGACUCGGUUGAUAAAACCAGGACCUUUGGAGAAGCGAAUUCGAGGUUUAGAUUUAUGAGAGUGGCUUGGGAUGUGACCAAGCGUCAGUAACAGAUUCAGUUGCAUUAAGACUAACAAGAAAGUGAAAAGCUAAUGGCUUGGUCUCAACGAGUUUUCAGAUUUGAGCCACGAAGGAGAGGUUACGGAGUGUUCCGAUCAUCAUUAAGAAGAGAUUAUUGAGUUUGGGGCUCAAGACUGAUGUAGAAAGAGCAAGAGUUCGCUUAUAAGGACUUUGAUGUGAGGCUUUGCCUAAAUCUGUUGAGUGGAGAACGAAAGGAGCCGUGCACUAUGUCAUGAACCAAGGCUCUUGCGGAAGUUAUUGGGCGUUUUUGGACAGUUGCUGCAGUGGAAGGUGUAAACAAGAUUGUGACCGCAAACUUGACAGCAUUGUCUGAACCAUAACUCAUAGAUUGUAGUCUGUGACACAACUUACAACAAUGGCUGCAACAGUGGUUUCAUGGAUUAUGCUUUUGAGUACGUGGUGAAUAACGUAUUCGCAAGGAAGAGGAUUAUCCUUACUCUAUGGAAGAAGGAACUUUCUAAAUGCAAAAGGUUUUUGUGUAACUGCAAAAAAGGAAUAAAUUGGUCGUACUAAUUCUCUUUGUUUUUAAACCAGAUGAAUCUGAAAUGGUAACUAUCAGCGGGCACCAAGAUGCACGUAGAAAUGAUGAGAAAAAUCUCUUGAAGGCAUUGGCUCAUCAAUCUCUCAGUGUCGCUAUUGAUGCUUCUGCUAGAGACUUCCAGCGGUUGUGGGGUCGAUUUGGACCAUGGUGUUACUGCAGUUGGGUAUGGAUCAAGCAAGGGUUCAGAUUAUAUCAUUGUGAAAAAUUCUUGGGGACCAACAUGGAGGGUGGGGAGAAAGGUUACAUCAGGAUGAACACUGGGAAACCAGGGGUGUCUGUGGAAUCAAUAAGAUGCUUCCUUCCCCACCAAACCGAAGUGGUGAUAUCAUUUUAUCCUAUAUGCAUUUGAUCAUUAUCUUAAUAUCUUCAUAACAACAUGAAUUUUGUCAUGAAAUUGUUAUGUUAAUGAAUAGAAAUGUUGUAAGUAUGAGCAAUAACAAAAAAAAAGAUGAUUGAAAAAACAGAGCAUUAUUAUACUGAAUAAAAACAGAGAACUAGAUUGAACA